AGAUUCUUCAACUUCUUCCAUUCACUGAACUGAAACCACCCUGAGAGCCAUGACCCACCAAACCCAUCAGCGUCGUCGCCGUCGUCACUCCGCCGUCUGUCACCGUCAUCCUACUUCCAAACCCACCACCGGUUUCUGUGCCACCUGUCUCCGUGAACGUCUCUCCACCAUCGAAGCUCUCUCUUCCUCUGUUUCAGCUUCCACUGAGCUCCGCCGUGUUCGUUCCUACUCCAUUCGUGACGCAUCCGCUUCUGUUUUGGACCAGCCACGACGCAGAUCGUGUGAUGUCAGGUCUAACGACGGUGAUGAUGAGCUGCUACAGAGCUCGAUUCGGUUCCCCAUUGUACCGGAUUUGAAGGAGGACGAUGAAGAAGAAGAAGACGGAGAAGAAAUUAGAGGUUUUGAUGAUGGUAAGAGACUCGUUGAAGAAGAAAUCGAAGAUGGAGAGCAGAAGACGAUGAAGGAGUUAAUAGAUCUGGAAUCGAGAAAUCAACAAAUCAAGAAGAGCAAUGGCAAAGAUUCGGUUUUUAGUAGAACACUUAAGAAAUUUUCACUCAAACAUAAUCAGAAGAAUGGGAAAGUUCCAGAUUCCGGGAACAGUCUCGGCCGUCGCUCAUGUGAUGUAGAUCCUAGAUUGUCUCUCGACGCAGGUCGAAUCUCUUUCGAGGAGCCUAGAGCUUCAUGGGAUGGAUGUUUGAUUGGAAAGACAUAUCCAAAGCUGAUUCCUUUGUCCUCUGUGACUGAAGAUGUUAAAGCCUCGCCGGAGAAGAUAACCGGUGAGAAAGAAGACGAAGAGGAGAAGAACAAUCCAGGUGGGACAGCUCAAACGAGGGAUUACUACUUGGAUUCACGGCGGAGAAGAAGCUUUGAUCGAUCAUCGAGACAUGGAUUGCUUGAAGUUGAUGAAUUGAAAGCUAUUUCGAAUGCUAAGGUAUCACCUGAAACUGUUCGUUUGUUUCAUGGAGCGAAGUUGCUUGUUACUGAGAGGGAACUUAGGGAUUCGAAUUGGUAUUCUAUCAAGAAUUACAAACCAGAGAGCUUGGAAUUAGGUUCUGAAGGUGUUGGUUGUGUUGCUGCUGGUGAUGUGAAGAAGCAAGAUGGUUUUGGGUUGAAGAAGACUGGAAAGAAAUGGGCUAAAGGAUGGAACUUUUGGGGAUUGAUUCAGAGGAAAACCGAUACAAACAAGAACGAAAUCAAAACCGAGCAAAGUUUGAAACUUGGAGGGAAUACAAUGGAGGGUUCUCUUGCUGAGUCUCUGUUGAAGCUUAGGAGAGUGGCUAAAGGAGAGACCAAUGGCGAUGUUAGCGAGAAACUCAUAAGAAGCUACAGCGUUAGUGCGAGAAAGUCUUGUGAUGGUAUGUUACGAGGUGCUUCUAUUGUUAAUGGCUUUGAAGGUGGAAGAAGCUCUUGUGAUGGUCUGUUUCAUGGCUCUAUUACUGGUGUUGAGACCGGAAGAAGAAGCUCAUGUGAAAACGGAUUGUUUCAUGGCGUUGAAGGCAAACAUAAUCAUCUUCUCCAGAGAGAUGACAAGCUUGGUACUUACUCGCCCGACAACCUCAGAAAGGGUAUGGUUAGAUUCUACUUGACGCCAUUUAACAGCCAUACAACAAGCAAGUCCGGUAAAAGUAGGCUGAUGAAUUAGUCUGAUCUCUGAUUGUUAAGUUCAUGAUGGACUAUAUUGAAGCUGUGUUGUAUGUAAUUAGCAAUUACCAUGUGUGUUACUUAUUUUCCCAUUGUUCUAUAGAUAUAUGAACUAAAAUCAUAUGCCCAUGUUGUUCUCUCUCCUUUUUCCUUCUACUUUUUAUGUGUAUUAUUAAUACUCUUAAGAGUUCAAUACAACAGUGAGUUUGUU